AUGGCUCAUACUCAUUACCGUCACUCCCGCAUCGGCAGGCUCAUUAACGCCAAGCGCCGCCUGCAAGCUGAGCUCCUGGACGAUUAUGCAGACACUGAGCUAUUUAAGAAGGAGGAGCCAUCUCAAGAUCCCACCAUCCCACCGUCUGAUAUACUCCCGGACGGACCUUGUGACAUGUCCAAGGACUCCCUUUCAUGCCUUCAACAUGACUUGAAUGAACCCAAUUCUUCUCACAAGAAGCGCGAAGAGACGACUGUGACGUCUUCGGAAAAGGUUGCGGUCGAGACUGUGUUGAAAAUCGUCGAUGCUAGCUCACACAUCCUCUUUCAAUCUACCGCUACUCAUUUCCCUAUGACGAUCUCUGAUUCAAUCCAUGGGACCUACACUCUACCGAGCUCAGAGAGCCUGACUGCAACGGGAACUGCAACUGCAUCUACAACUGCAUCUGCAUCUGGCUCGACAGAUAUUCCAACAUUGGUGUCACCAACGCUUGCUUCCCCCACGGAGACACCUGCGCCGCCGGCCCAAACUUCGAUUCCCCCUGCUGAAUUGACAACAUCGCUACUGCCCGAUACGUCAUCCUCUAACAGCUCCGUGAUCCCCACUCAACCUUCCUUGACCUCCGCGAAUCAGGUCCCAUCGGCUUUGCGAUCUGCCACGGCCACUGUCAUCCACUCGCCUGGAUGGACCUCUACUCCCCUCGUCGGUCCUGCGAGCUCUACGUCUGGUGCUGUAACCUCACCACAGGCUCACUUCUGGUCAUAUUCUGGUCCUAGUACCACCGCGACUUCGACCUUUGACUCCUCUACUUAUUCUACUUACGAUGUCCUCACUUCAAGCCUGUUCACAAGUUCUGAGUCGACCGGUACUGCCAUAGCAACCGAAUCUGCGCCAACUGCGAGCGUGACACACGCGGCGGGCUCUGGCACGACCACACACCCCGACACACCUAAAAUUGUUGGCGGUGUAGUAGGAUCAGUCGCCGGUAUGGCUCUGAUCCUUCUCCUUCUUCUAUACUUCCUCCGUCGACGAGGAUACCUGAUGGGGAAGAACGGACGUCCCGCUCUGUUGGAUGACGCAGCGGCUGGUGUCGCAGCUGGAGGUGGCGCUAGAGAAAUCACUGAGCGGCGGGAGAGCAAUACUCCUCUUUUCACAGCCUCGAACUUAGCCCCAGCACUGAUGAGACGCUGGCGCCAGUCAACCGCAACAUCACGCUCCGGAAGUACCUUCGACUCAGCCCCCAGCGAACGUGGCUUCCAGAAGAUCGCCGGUCGCAAGAUUCCUCCUGUUUUCACGCACGGUGGUGACGGCUAUGGCGGGGGCCUGGAUGGCGAUUCUCCCACCGUACCCGGUUUUCCUCCUAUGUCACCACCGACCGGACCAAUGGGCUCACCGACCUCCCAUGCUGCGCCCCCGACCUCCCCAUUCGGCAGCCCCUUGGACUCGGCCUACACGCGUGAAUUCGAGGAGCACACGCCGUCCACGCGGCCCAACCCCGUGCACCUCCCCAUGUCCAGCGCGGUCAAUGCGGGCGUGCCGAUCACCGUUACGCCAGCGCAGCCCGUUGCGCAGCCGCAGAGUGCGGCACCUUUCGUGCCACCGCGGCCAGAUGGACUCGGUCGUAGCCUGCACAGCUACGAUGGGAGUCGAGGCAGUCGCUUCACCGAGAGCCUUGAUCUGUAA